AUGGCUCCUCCGCCGCCCCCUCCACCGCCAUUAUGCUUCCCUCUAUUCCGUGGCAAGUCUCGCCGUCGAUUAACCUUUUCAGAGAAGUCUGCUGUCGAAUCCUUCGACUCACAGCGGUCGAGUAUACAGCGACUUGACCGCGCCAACUCAUACUCGCCAACUGCCACGGUCACUUCACACGCUGAUGCGGCGGAAAAACUCACUUUCUCGACCGACACCCAGUCAUACGACUCCGCUCGCAACCAUCGCACUGAUGCCAUCGAAGUCAAGCCUGUUUUGCGUCGGAAGUCGACCAAAGGCAGGUCUUAUAGUAUGUCGACACCUGUUACUCCGCCCAAGAAGAGCCUUUGGGGAUAUGGCGUGGGUCUUGGGAAGAAGGAGAAGGAUCGAGAAAGAGAGUUGCAGGACACAAUUUACGAGGGAGAGGAUUCACUUGAUUUAACCCGAAAUGUUUCGCAAGAGAGUCGUCCUCCGGGCUACGAAUCUCCAGGCGCCUACAGUGACUCUCAGCGCUCGAGAGGUUCGUCAAAUAUUGAAUAUGUUAAUCCUCUCCCACCGCGGUCCGCUCCGUCUCACUCAAGGUCGAAUACCUAUAAUUCUAACCAGUCCAAGUCUACCGAUCGCUCUGCUCGCUCUGGUAGCCGUAGUGGCAGUGGCAAUGUUCCUAGACGACCACCUCUCAAUGCUUCAGAAUCAUCUGAUACCCUCGUUGGAUCUGCAUACGAACGCAAGAUAAAUGAUCUUGAUGUCAUCCCGGAACGGGUGGACACGAACGAUCGUCUCAAUGCUCUUAGGGAAUUGAUGAAGAAAGACAAUCUGGAUUAUUAUAUCGUCCCUUCGCUGGAUGCUCAUGGAUCGGAGUAUGUCGCUAUUCACGAUAAGCGCAGGGAAUGGAUCUCAGGCUUUACGGGCUCCGCCGGCGAAGGAAUUAUCUCAAAGUCCAACGCCUACCUCAUCACCGACUCUCGCUACUGGACUCAAUCUCGCUCAGAGCUUGACGAGAACUGGAUCUUAAUUCCAGCUGGCGUUGCUGACGGGCCGAGGGACUGGCUAGAGUGGCUCGUUGAUCGCGCCAACGAAUCGCGUGUCGGCAUUGAUUCACGUAUGAUCACGCACCAGAACGCGGUGAAGCUGAACCAGGCACUUCAGAAAAAGAAGUCCAAGCUGGUCUAUCCUCCUCAGAACUUAGUGGACAUCAUUUGGGCGGAAAGGCCAUCUCGCUCGCGCGAGCCGGUCUUCGUUCAACCGCUAUCAUUUACUGGGAAGGAGGCAGGUGCUAAAUUGGCUGAGCUACGAGCUUGGAUUACGGAGCAGGCCCCAUCGGUGCCGUCUUACUCGAAGGCGGAGCCGAAGCCUUCGCAGAUGCAAGUUGGAACUUUAAUAUCAUCACUUCCUAAUAUCGCGUGGUUGCUUAAUCUCCGGGGAGAUGACAUUCCAUUCAAUCCCGUUUUUCACUCGUAUCUCUUUGUUGGCUUGCAACAAGCGACCCUUUUCAUCGAACCUGCCAAGAUCAGCGAUGAAGUCAACCAGUAUCUCAAAUCCAUAGGGGUUGAUACAAAAGAGUACAACGACGUCUGGAGCUUCUUACGCCGCAAACCUUGGGGUGACGGAAAUCUCAUUAUUGCCCCAGAGACUUCACAGGCAAUUGCACUCGUACUUACAAGCUUUCGGUACACUGUCAUUCCCUCGUAUAUCGACGAAGUCAAAGCUAUCAAAAAUGAGGUUGAACUACAAGGUUUGCGACUUGCCUAUAUCCGCGAUGGUGUGGCCUUCGUGAAAUUUUUGGCGUGGCUUGAGCAAAAGUUACUUCAAGGCUACGAGAUCACCGAGUAUGAAGCUGCUUGGCGGUUGACAGAAUACAGGAGAAUGGGAAUGAACUACAUGGGUCUUGCAUAUGAGAACAUUUCGGCGAGCGGUCCCAACGCGGCUUUGCCGCAUUAUUCUCCUCGCAAGUCUACUGCCAAGGUUAUUGAUAGAAAAACCCCUUAUCUGAAUGAUUCGGGGGGACAAUAUCGGGAUGGCACUUGCGACACUGCGCGGACUGUUCACUUCGACCGCCCUAGCGAUGCUCAAUGCGAAGCAUUCACAAGAGUUCUCCAGGGCCACAUUGCUAUUGACAGCGCCAUUUUCCCCGAGGGGACAACUGGCGCUCAGUUGGAUGUUCUAGCACGCAAGGCACUCUGGCAAGAUGGGCUCAAUUACCUACAUGGAACCGGUCACGGAUUCGGAUCCUAUUUAAAUGUCCACGAAGGCCCGCAUGGGUUUUCGUCAAAUGUUCCGCUCGUGCCGGGACAUGUCAUCACAAACGAGCCUGGAUUUUACAAGGAUGGCGAGUGGGGCAUCCGACUCGAGUCUGCGCUGAUAGUGAAACGGGUUAAGACCAAAAACUCAUUUGGCGGAGAUGCCUGGCUCGGAUUCGAGCGUCUGACCUGUGUGCCUAUCCAGACAAAGAUGGUGAAGGACGUAAUGCUAUCGAAGGAAGAGCGUCAGUGGUUGCGGGCUCACAACAAAGAAUGUCUCGAUGUUCUCGAACCAUUCCUCGGUAAAGACAAGCGGGCGCUCAAGUGGCUCCGCAGGGAGGCCGAGCGUGGUAUUGGCCUCGCCAAGGCUGGUCCCGGAGGGCUCGCUAUCGACUGGGCUUGA